UGUGGUCGUGUUUGGAUCGCCGGUGCAGGAUCACCCGCGUAGCCGCGUAUCAGAUACACGCGCACAGCAGCAUUUUUGCAUCGCAGCAGCCCGCGAAGUGUUGGUUGCGCUUCGCCGGAGUGCUUUGGGAGUGCAAAUCCGAAAGAAGAAAUUCCGUCCAGUCGUGGUGUCGGUCGCUGAGUUGCGUCGCUUGAAUGCUGGAAGCAAUCGGAUGCAACUCCAACGGCGGUGGCCGAGUGUAACUUGCCGAGUGCGUUCGUACAUAGUGCAGCAGUUCAUCGUGAGUGAAUGCAAAUAAGCAGCGUCGCUGAUACGUGGCAGCCUUAUCUGCAGCGCGAAGCUGUACACAGCCGCCGUCGCGUUGGUCAAGCUGCAUCGCCGGCGGAUAAUUAGGUGUGUACCCUCCGAAGUGUGUUGACAUCACUUGGCGUGAGGAAACCAAAUCCCGGGGAUAAAACGGACGUUGCGCUUCUGUCAUCGGCCGGUAAAGCGAACAGGAUCUCUCAACGCAGGAGCUCCCGGGGGCCGCUGAUCGGAGGAUACGGAUUGUAAGACAGAGCACUGCAAGACGGCGAAUGUAAAUAUUAGGCGAGUGUCUUUGAAUCCGGUGCUCUCCGGUCUAAGCUUUCGCGUGGCGCGAUUUGUAUGACUAGCAGAUGAAAGCAAAACAUCAAAUCACCUUCUCGGGUUGACUCGGAUCUCACCUCGUGACGAAACCCGUGGCAAGUGACAGAUUGUCCCUCGAGUGUUUUGGAGGCGCGAGAUACAAGAUCCACAGUUAGGGCUUUGAAGGAGUCCUACUCGAGAACGAAAGCCUUCGAUUGGUGACGUUCGCAGAAGCGGCCCCGAAAAGAAGAAAGACGAAACGGCCAUAAUUCUGACACGUCGUGCAAAAAGUUAAAUAUUGAAAGUGACGUCUGCGACUGCGCACAGCGUUUAGCUUCUUCGGAAUCACGUCCUUUUGAAGUGGACUGAGGACUCGUUGGAACGUUGUCGCCAAGCAGAAGUCCCCAACCGUUCGACAUGUCGUCCCGAUCGAAGGAGAAAGUAACGGCCGCCAUCCGGAAGUUCUUCAAGAGCUCGGAGAGCAAAAAGGAAAGCAAAGACAAGGACACGCCGGCUCCCGAAGCAGCAGCAGCAGCAGCAAGCAGCCUCCUGCAUCUGGCCCCGCACCAUCAUCACCACCACCACCACAGCAGUCACCACCACCACCAGCACCAUCACCUGCACCACCAUCAUCCGCCUCCGUCCAGUGGGGCGCCGCUUGGUGGCGCUCCUCCCGGAAGCAGUGAUAAGGGUGGCCCGAGCGGGGCCGGCACUGGGGCCACAGGAACGAACACUGGCGGCAGCAACGGAAGCACCGGAAACAGUAAAGCCAACACGGACAGCCCCAUGAGGCGGUUGCGAUGCGUGGUAGCUCCAAGCAGCACUGCCAUGGUGCCCGUCCCGGUGACAAAACCCCUCGAUACGACGAUCCGCUCGAGGCGGCUGAUGAAGGAGCUGAAGGAGAUCGAACGGUUGCAGCACUCGCGGGCGGAACCCUACUUCACGGUCGAGCUGAUAAAUGACAACUUGUACGAAUGGCACGCGCGGCUCUUUCGCAUCGACCCCGACUCGCCACUGGCCGAGGAUCUGGUCGAGCUGAACAUUCCCUUCAUCCUGCUGCACCUGGUGUUCCCGGAGAACUUCCCGUUCGCGCCACCGUUCAUGCGGGUCGUCGAGCCGCGCAUCGAGAAGGGCUUCGUGAUGGAGGGCGGUGCCAUCUGUAUGGAGCUGCUGACACCACGUGGCUGGGCCAGCGCCUACACGGUCGAGGCGAUCCUGAUGCAGUUCGCAGCCAGCCUCGUCAAGGGCCAGGGUCGGGUGUCGCGGAAACCAAAGUCCUCGAAGGAUUUCAGUCGUCGAUCCGCCGAAGACGCCUUCCGGUCGCUGGUGAAAACUCACGAAAAGUACGGCUGGGUAACGCCGGCCCUCAACGACGGCUAGACGGAGGGCCCCGUCGAAUGCCACUUUAGUUAGUCCCAAGAAAUGACCUCGUAACUGGGAAGCGCAGCGAAGAAGCGGAAGCAUCGAUCCAGCCAUUCGAAUCCAUUCGUGCAUAUUUUCACAACGUCUAGAAGCGAGUGCUGCUUCACUUCACAAUAGUACCAAUUUUCCCUCCAACGAUCUCGUUGCCUCCUCGUUAAAUCGGCUUUAGAAAAAGGAGCGUUCUGUGGGAGUUUCCAGCGGGUUCACCAAGAAGGAUGACGAGGGCCAAGUGUACCGGAACGGAGAAACGCAACCCCCCCGAAGGUCGGUAGUUAAGUUUCAGAGCUUUGAUCGGUUAGUAUGUAGUGGAGGUUGUAGUCUUACAAAAAAGGGCUGCCGGAUGAAAAGCGCGUGAUGACCAAAAUGGCAAGGGCAAAAGCGAAAACGCCAGUCGGAGAACACCCAAACCGCGCGAUUUUAAUCGUGCUGGCUGACCGGAUUAGAUCAUUUAUUUUUGAGAACAGCAAAACUAAGUUACACAACUCGCUUGCCUUCAUCGAGCGGCGGCCGGAUGCUAAGAGUAAAACGGAAUAGUUUAAAAGAAGUAGUCCAAUCCAGGCACCAAGUGACCAAGGUCAAUCACGAAAGUCAGUGUUAAUAAAACAGGGAGAGUAUUUAAACGGCACGCAAGCGCAAGCGUAGCAGAAACGAAUUGAAGAAUCAGAUAGUAGUCCCAAGAAGCAGUUUAAAAAUCGGUAAAAAAUGCUCAACCUUUGCUUUGUGAUGGAAAGAAUUGUACGUGUGUAUGUUACGCUGCAUAGAAACUUGGCUUGGUUUACAAAAUUGUUCACAAAGUAUAAUGUUUAAGAUUUUUGUAAAUAAACGGCAACGUGUUAUGGUAA